CACACACUCACUCAGGCCACCAGCUCACCAGCAGAAUCCAUUGCUGCAUGUAAUGAAUUUUAUAUAUAAAUAUUUUUCAUUUCUUUUUGAAACUUAUUUAUAGAUGGGCUUUGCAAAUACACUACUGGUAUUAAAAUAGUUUGUAAGAACAUUUCUAAGUUACUUAGUAGAGUUCUUACUGACAUGGAUGCUAAUGCUGUUAAGUUGGAACCUGAUUUAGAUGGAAUAUCAGAUCAAGUAAAACAGCCAUCCAGGGGUAGAACCAGCAUCUUGGAUCAAGAACAGUCAGCGGUUGAUGAUGCAGACCUUUGUUCAUCAUCACCAGUUUGUGAAGCACCUAUAAUUCGGCAGUUCUGGAAAGCUGGAGCUUACGAUACCGAGUUUACUCCUAAAUCUGCAACUCAAUCUGGUUCGACUUAUCUACACAUACACCCGAGAUUUCUUCACUCAAAUGCUACUUCUCACAAAUGGGUUUUUGGUGCUGUAGCAGAGCUUAUUGACAAUGCUGUGGACGAGAUACAAUAUGGAGCCACCUAUGUAUAUGUAGAUAAGACCUCAAAUCCAAGAAAUGGAACUUCAGCAUUGUUAAUUCAAGAUGAUGGAAAUGGAAUGGAUCCACAAGCAAUGCGCCGCUGUCUGAGUUUUGGAUUUUCUGAUAAGUCGUCAAUAUCAGCGAUUGGAAAGUAUGGAAAUGGCUUUAAGACGAGUUCUAUGAGGCUUGGAGCUGAUGUCAUAGUUUUCAGCCGCAGCUUUACGGACAGGAAAAUGACCCAAAGCAUUGGACUUCUAUCAUAUACAUUUUUGACUCGAGAGGGCUAUGACAGAAUAGUAGUUCCAAUGGUCCACUAUGAGUUCAACUACGCAACGGGAUCUUUUGAUUUCCUGGAAUCAGAUAACUCCAAUUUAAAUCUUUCCAUGCUGUUGCAAUGGUCACCAUAUUCAACACAACAGAAACUAUUAGAGCAAUUUGAAGACAUUGGUCCUCAUGGCACGAAAGUUAUCGUAUACAAUUUAUGGCUUGAUGAGGACGGGGAUAUGGAGCUUGAUUUUGAUUCUGAACCUGAGGAUAUUCGUAUUACCCGGGUUGCACUUGUCAAAAUAAAUGAUGCUUCUCGCCAAGAAGCAAGUGAACGACAUAUUGCCAAUCAACUCCAUUAUUCUCUCCGUGCAUACUUAUCCAUUUUGUACUUAAAGUUACCUGAAACAUUUGCAAUAGUAUUGCGUGGGAAAACCAUCCUUUAUCAUAAUGUCGCUACAGACUUGAAGUACCCAGAAUAUAUCAUGUAUAGAAGUCCCAAGGGUCCCGUAGUUACAACGGUUGGAUUUAUCAAAGAGGCUCCACUUGUCAAUGUCCACGGAUUUAAUGUCUACCACAAAAAUCGUCUGAUUCUGCCAUAUUGCCCUGCGGUUAGGUUUGCUCGAAAUAGAGGGAGAGGCGUAGUUGGCGUUCUUGAAGCAAAUUUUAUCGAGCCUACUCAUGACAAGCAAGAUUUUGAGAAGACCUCUACUUUCCAAAAACUUAUGUAUCGCUUGAAAGAAAUGACAUGGGAGUAUUGGGAUUACCAUUGUGGACUGCUUGGCUAUCAUAUAUAUAAAAAGCCGCGGCCCCCAUCAGCCCCGGGUGCCUCUAAUUUUAUGUAUCAGCAUGGUACAGAACAAAAUGUUUCCUCAAAGAAAACUGCUGCUGGUGGUUCAACUAGAAAACCACCAACGAUAACCAACAUAAAUAGCAAGGCUGCUUUUGAAUCAAAAUCAUUGCCAAAACCAGUAGAAUCUAUCAUACCUAGAGGUUUUCAAGGUGAAGGGUCAAACUUGAAGAGGAAAUCAAGUUUUCAACCUACGAUACUCAAAUUAGAGCCUCAGAUGGAGGUUGACUCUAACAAAGGAGUUAAUCAGCCUGGUUUGGUCAGUUCAGAUGGAGCAGCACAGGUGAUUACAGAUAACAGAAAGCUUCGAGCCCAAUGUGCUGAAUAUGAGAUGGCAGAAGAACAACUUAAUCUCAAGGUGAUGCAUCUUAAAACGGAACUAGGAAAAGCCCAAGAAGAGUAUGCUCAUGUUUUGGCUGAAUUGCAUGACUUGGAGAACUGAAGGGGGAACUGUACAAGUGUUUGAUUAACUUAGCGUGUAUAGUAUCAUUGAUAUUUUAAAGGUGGCACAUUUAUUUCAAGCUUCAAACUGCCGCAGUGUUACCGUAGAUGAAAACUGAGGUCCGUUUUUCCUAACAAAUACUUUGAAAUAAGUGAUUAGUUCUAGUGAGACCUCAGGGCUUGGGGCUACCACACAUGGUGUUCGGUUGCAAGUAUCAUUGUUGUUAUGUUGUAAGUUGUAACAUUAUGAGUACAAAAUGUAAUUUUUCUUUAUCCAAUCGUACUUUAACUAAAA